AUGUUAAAUUUGACACGUGCGGCGCGGCGCAAGGGUGUCGACGAUACGCACAAGUUCUUAGGAAACGACACACACACCGAUUACUUCAGAUUAUUGUUACGAGAUGGAAACUAUCUUUUAGUCGGCGGAAGAAAUGUAGUGUACAAUCUCAGCUUGACAGACCUGAUGGAGCAAAGGCGUCUGGUCUGGUACUCACCAGAAAAUGACGUCAAAAUGUGCGUAGUCAAGGGGAAAGAUGAGGAGAGCUGCCAGAACUACAUUCGGGUCCUCGUGUCCCUCGGACCUGGAAGGCUACUGGUUUGUGGGACAAACAGCUUCAGACCGUUCUGCAGGGAGUACAGCGUUCAGCGUGACUCCUACCACAUGGAGAGAGAAAAGUCUGGACAGGCAGUCUGUCCAUACGACCCGGAACACAACUCCACUGCUGUAUAUGCAGAUGGCGAGUUGUAUUCGGGAACAGUAGCAGACUUCAGUGGGAUGGAGCCAAUUAUAUAUAGAGAACCAUUGCAGACAGAGCCUUACGAUUCCAUGACUUUAAACGCUCCUGACUUCGUGAAUUCUUUAGUACAUGGAAACUUCGUGUAUUUCUUCUUUCGAGAAACAGCUGUUGAAUACAUUAACUGUGGAAAGGCGGUAUAUUCCCGUGUCGCUCGCGUAUGUCGUGAUGACCGCGGGGGACCGCACCGCUUCAAGCAGCGGUGGACAUCGUUCCUCAAGUCACGGCUUAACUGUUCCGUCGCUGGCGACUUCCCGUUCUACUUCAAUGAAAUACAAUCAACAACAGAGCUGAUAGAGGGUGUGUAUGGUGGUCUAAAUGCCCAACUGAUGUACGGCACCUUCACUACACCACCUAACAGUAUAUCAGGAAGUGCUGUCUGCGCUUUCAGUAUGCAAGAUAUUGCUGAUACGUUUGAAGGCACCUUCAAAGAACAGAGUGCAAUCAAUUCGAAUUGGUUACCUGUAAAUAGUGCUAAAGUACCUGAGCCUCGACCUGGAACAUGUCAUAACGACUCCAGGCAACUACCUGAUCAAACGCUAAACUUUAUCAAGACUCACGCAUUGAUGGACGAAUCAGUGCCGGCUUUCUUCGGAGAACCCAUCGUUAUCAGAACUAGUUUUCACUAUCGAUUUACGCAGAUAGCCGUAGAUCCGCAAGUAAAAACUCCUGGAGGAAAGGCAUACGAUGUUCUGUUCAUAGGCACUGAUAAUGGUAAAAUUAUAAAAGCAAUCAACGCUGUCUCAUAUGAUUCGAAUAAACGAGCAGUGCCAGUUGUAAUUGAAGAGCUGCAGGCAUUCGCAGCAGGUUCGCCGGUCCGAGCCCUCAGAGUAGCUAGAGCUGGACGUGACGCGGCCAGACUUAUUGCUGUUUCUGACAGACAAGUACUAAGCCUGAGACUACAUAGAUGUUCUAGUGACAAAAUAAGUUCUUGCAGUGAAUGCGUAGCACUUCAGGAUCCAUAUUGCGCAUGGGAUAAGCAAGCGGGUAGGUGUCGUGCUUAUUCCCACGGUGUAAGUCGAUGGUUGGAUGAAAACUCCUUUUACCAGAGUGUCAGCACUGGCAGUCAUGCGGCUUGUCCACAUAGUAAAGAUGCUGGAGCAGUUGGUGGCCUCAGCUCAGGCUUAUAUGAUGAUGCAAGAGGUGAAAAUAAAGGGGAAGUAAUCAACAUCGUUCAAGAUAAGGAUGGCAAGGGCGGGACCGGCGCUAACGAAGGUCCUGAAGUUCUUGCAGCGGAUCCACCUCCAGCCGCGUACUCUGUGGAAACCCUUGCGUUAGCUGUAGCUGCUGGAGCUCUGGCUGCUCUUGGAGCUGGUUUUGCUGCUGGAUACAUUUGUGGAAGGAGAUGCAAGAAGGAUGACGAUGAUAACAUGCCAUAUCCUGACACUGAGUACGAAUAUUUUGAGCAAAGGCAAAAUAUUAAUAGGAUUCAGGCAGAACCCAAACUCCUCCAACAAGUAGAAGAAGUAACAUAUGCAGAACCCGUCCUAGCCCCUCAACCAAAACCAGCAUCUCCUCGUGCCACUCUUCGCAAACAUCCUCCGUACCAUCCUCACCAUGAGACACUUUUCCAAUUCCAACCGGACGCAUACCGUCGCGACAACUUUGGAACUCUUCGCUCGCAUCAGGUCAAUGGCGAUGGGUACCGGCGCGGCAACGACAAUGGCUUCUCGACCACGCGUUCAGUAAAGAAAGUGUACCUCUGA